CUUUCCUAGAAAGCGCCGCUCCACGCCGCGGCCAUGCGCUCUCUGUGGAGAGAAAUCCUCUUGGAGACCCUCCUGGGAUACGUUUCUUGGUCUCUCUGUCAUGGCCUGGCCCCGAUGAUUUAUUACUUUCCUCUGCAAACACUAGAACUCACUGGGCUUGAAGGUUUUGGCAUAGCGUUUCUUUCUCCAAUAUUCCUAACAAUUACUCCUUUCUGGAAAUUGGUUAACAAGAAGUGGAUGCUAACCCUGCUACGGAUGAUUACUGUUGGCAGCAUAGCCUCCUUCCAGGCUCCAAAUGCCAAACUUCGGGUAAUGGUCCUUGCACUUGGUGUGUCUUCUUCGCUGAUAGUGCAAGCCGUGACAUGGUGGACAGGAAGUGGUUUGCAAAGGUACCUCAGAAUCUGGGGAUUCAUUUUAGGACAGAUUCUUCUUGUUGUUCUCCGCAUAUGGUACACUUCACUAAACCCAAUCUGGAGUUAUCAGAUGUCCAAUAGAGUGAUACUGACGUUGAGUGUCAUAGCCACACUUGAUCGCAUUUCUGCAGAUGGCGACUGCAAUAAACCUGAGGAAAGAAGGACCAGGGAGGCAGCGAAGGGGAUAGCCUGUAGACCACAUUGGUUGUUGGCAGGGGCUGCCUUUGGCAGUCUCAUGUUCCUCACCCACUGGAUUUUUGGAGAGGUAUCUCUGGUUUCCAGAUGGGCAGUGAAUGGGCAUCCCAAUCCAGGACCAGAUCCUAACCCAUUUGGAGGUGCAGUUCUGCUGGGUUUGGUGAGCGGAUUGAUGCUUUCAACUUGCUCAUGGUUUCCUGGUACUAGUUUAAUCUGGUGGGUUACAGGAGCGGCUGCGGCUGCGGGUCUCUUGUACCUGCCCACGUGGGGAGCCGCUGUUUCUGGCUGUGUACUCGCCAUCUUCACAGCAUCCAUGUGGCCUCAAGUGCUUGGACAUCUUAUUAGCUCAGGGUCAAGCCCUGGGAAAACCAUGACCAUUGCAAUGAUAUUUUAUCUUCUAGAUACAUUUUUCUGUGCAUGGUGCACAGCUUUUAAAUUUGUCCCAGGAGGUGUCUAUGCUAGAGAAAGAUCUGAUGUGCUUUUGGGGACAGUGAUGCUAAUUAUUGGGCUGAAUAUGCUAUUUGGUCCUAAGAAAAGCCUCGACUUUCUUCAAACAAAAAAUGGCCCUAAAGUGCUUUUCAGAAAGAGUGAAAAAUACAUGAAAAUUUUUUUGUGGCUGCUUGUUGGUGUAGGGUUAUUAGGAUUAGGACUACGGCAUAAAACCUAUGAGAGGAAAUUGGGCAAAAGGGCACCAGCCACAGAGGUCUCUGCCGCCAUCUGGCCUUUCAGGUUUGGCUACGACAAUGAAGGCUGGUGUAGUCUAGAAAGGUCAGCUCAACUGCUCAGUCAAACAGGGGCAGAUUUCAUAACGAUUUUGGAGAGUGAUGCUUCUAAGCCUUUUAUCGGGAACAAUGACUUAGCCAUGUGGCUGGGGGAGAGGUUGGGCUUCUAUACUGACUUUGGUCCAAGCACAAGGGAUCACACUUGGGGGAUUAUGGUUUUGUCAAGAUAUCCCAUUGUGAAAUCGGAGCAUCACCUUCUUCCGUCACCAGAGGGCGAGAUUGCACCAGCCAUAACACUGACUGUCAACAUCUCCAACAAAUGGGUGGAUUUUGUUGUGACACACUUUGGGAAUCAUGAAGAUGACCUAGACAGAAAACUUCAGGCUAUUGCUGUUUCAAAACUACUGAAAAGUAGCUCUAAUCAAGUGAUAUUUCUGGGAUAUAUCACUUCAGCACCUGGUUCCAGAGAUUAUCGACAGCUCAUUGAACAUGGCAAUGUGAAGGAUAUUGACAGCACAGAUCAAGACAGAUGGUGUGAAUACAUUAUGUAUCGAGGGCUGAUCAGAUUGGGUUAUGCAAGGAUCUCCCAUGCUGAACUGAGUGACUCUGAAAUUCAGAUGGCCAAAUUUAGAAUCCCUGAUGAUCCCAUUAAUUAUAGAGACAACCAGAAAGUAGUCACGGACCACAGGGAAGUUCCUGAGAAAAUUCACUUCAAUCCCAGAUUUGGAUCCUACAAAGAAGGACACAAUUAUGAGAACAACCAUCAUUUUCAUAUGAGUACUCCCAAAUACUUUUUAUGAACUGUUUAAAACAAGAAUUCAUUGACUGUGCGAGUCUAAGGAAAACAAAAGUAUAUAAAAUAAAAUGAAGAGAUGAACGAAAGUGAGAAGCUACAAAGAGCCUUAAUUUUGAAAAAGUAUGGUAUCUAUGCAGUGGGAAAUUCUAUCAAUAUAUAAAACAUACUGCUUAAUGAAGGCAUUUUUC